GACAACGAGGCCCUCUAUGACAUCUGCUUCCGGACGCUGAAGCUGACGACACCAACGUAUGGCGACUUGAACCACCUGGUGUCUGCGGCCAUGAGCGGAGUGACCUGCUGCUUGCGCUUCCCGGGUCAGUUGAACUGCGAUUUGCGUAAGAUCGCUGUCAACCUGGUGCCUUUCCCACGCCUGCACUUCUUCAUGACGGGCUUUGCGCCGCUGACCUCCCGCGGGUCGCAGCAGUACCGGGCCCUGACCGUCCCGGAGCUGACCCAGCAAAUGUUCGACGCCAAGAACAUGAUGUGCGCCGCGGACCCACGCCACGGCCGCUACCUCACUGCUGCAGCCCUUUUCCGUGGGCGCAUGUCCACGAAGGAGGUAGAUGAGCAAAUGUUGAAUGUCCAAAACAAGAAUUCCUCCUACUUCGUGGAAUGGAUCCCCAACAACAUCAAGGCGUCUGUUUGCGACAUCCCUCCAAAAGGUCUCAAGAUGGCAGUCGCCUUUGCCGGAAAUUCGACUGCCAUCCAGGAGAUGUUCAAGAGGGUGGCGGAGUACUUCACGGCCAUGUUCCGGCGCAAAGCUUUCUUGCACUGGUACACCGGCGAAGGCAUGGACGAGAUGGAGUUCACUGAGGCGGAGUCGAACAUGAACGACCUGGUGUCGGAGUAUCAGCAGUACCAGGAUGCCACCGCCGAGGAAGAAGGUGAGUUUGACGAAGAGGAGGGUGAGUAUGAUGGAUAG